GGAACACAAUGGCCAAGACAGAGGUGUCUGUUAUAAAAUUGGUGUUGGGUGCAGGCCUCAUUGUAUUCUCAUGGAUGAUGGCAGGGGUUCAGGCUGAACUUUACACAUGUCUAGCAGAUAUGGAAGAGCUGAUGGAAACUGAAGCUCUUCUUAUGGGCACUCUAGAAGGUUAUAUUCAAGCACAGGAAGAAAAGUUGCACGUGUUGAGAAGGCAUGCUGCAGAUUAUGCAAGAGAACACGAGGAAGCUAGUCAAGAUGUUCAAGGUUAUUUAUCAAAUCCCAUUAAUGCAUACUUGCUGGUAAAACGGCUCACUACUGACUGGAAAGAGGUGGAAGCACAAAUGGUAGAUGAUGUUGGCAAAGUUUUUGUACAGAACAUCACAAAAUUCCGGGAUGUGCUUAAAUUCCCAUCAGAUGAGGACUUAAAUGGAGCAGCUGUAGCACUUACCAGACUGCAAGAUACAUACAAGUUGGAUACUGCUUCAGUUGCAAGAGGGGAGUUGAAUGGUAUUCAGUACAGCACUGAACUCUCAGCUGGAGAUUGUUUUGAGCUUGGUCGUCAGUCAUACAACAAUGGUGAUUACUACCACACCGUACUGUGGAUGACUGAAGCAUUGGAGCGCUAUGAAGAGGAGUCCAAUAAAACAACAGCAAAAUCCGACAUCCUGGAAUAUUUGGCUUUCUCCACAUACAAGCAAGGGAAUGUUCAUAUGGCUUUGAAAUUAACAAAUGAAUUAUUGGAGAUAGUUCCAAGCCACCAGCGAGCUCUUGGCAACAAAGUAUAUUAUCUGCAAGAUAUUGAGAAAUUAUUAAAGGAACAGAAGAGAGGAGAUGAUGGAACAGCAGCUGUUCAAACUGACCAGAUCUCUGUGACAGAGAAUAGGCUGCCUCUCCCUGAACGAGAUGUCUAUGAAAAGCAUUGUCGUCUUGAGCAUGUCAUGCCUGCUGCUGUAGCAUCGAAACUGAAGUGUCGGUAUACCGACAGGGGUAAUGCAUUUCUCCGACUAGCACGAGUGAAAGAAGAGGAAGCAUACCUUAAACCACUCAUCUUGAUCUACCAUGAUGUUAUUUACAAUUCUGAAAUUGAAACUAUUAAGAAACUGGCAAUGCCUAGGUUUAAGCGCGCAACAGUACAGAACUCAAAGACUGGUGAAUUAGAAACAGCCAACUACCGCAUUAGUAAGUCAGCCUGGCUGAGGGAUGAAUUCCACCCUCAUGUGUAUGCUGUGAACAGACGUGUAGAAGACAUCACAGGUCUCACCAUAAGUACCGCAGAAGAGCUGCAGGUUGUCAAUUAUGGUAUUGGGGGGCACUAUGAACCACAUUUUGACUUUGCUAGGAAAGAUGAAGGAAAUGCAUUUAAGAAUCUAGGAACUGGUAACAGGAUAGCUACAUUUUUAUUUUAUAUGAGUGAUGUCUCUCAAGGUGGAGCCACAGUGUUUCCGCAGAUUAAUGUUGCUCUGAGACCUGAAAAGGGUGCAGCAGCAUUCUGGUACAAUCUCCAUCGUAAUGGGGAAGGAGACAUGGAUACUCGACAUGCUGCCUGUCCUGUACUCACUGGCUCCAAAUGGGUUUCAAACAAAUGGCUUCAUGAACGUGGACAAGAAUUGAGAAGACCAUGUGGUCUUAUUUUUGAUGCAGAUUAAAACUGGUAUGUGAAUAUGCAUAAGAAUAAGUUCAGUGGUAAUCCUUUAAAUGUCAUUGCCAUUAGUUGAAGACUGUUGACUCAUUAAUGGGAUAACACAGCCUGUUAACAAUGUACAUAAUAUCAGUGAAAUGGAUUUGUGCUUCUUUGUGCCAGAUAUAUAUUUCUUCAUGAUUAACAGUGAAGAUUUGUAACUGUUAUUUAUACUUACAUAUAAUUGUGCCAUAUUGGUGAAAACUGCACCAAAACUAUUUUGUAAGAAUGUGUCACAAAUGUUAUUACCAUUCUGUUAUGGCACCAAGACACCUAGUAUAUCAUUUAUCCAAAAAUAGACACUAGGAUUGCUAUGUAAUAUAACAGUUUCAGUCAAUUCUAAAAGGUUUAUGACGGCAUGUAACACUCUGGGUAACUGCUCUUCACAAACUAUAUGUCCAUCCACAGUGCAACUUAUUUAUUUUCUCCUCCGUUUCACUUUCACAACAUCUUUCACCUGUAUAUGGUCAUCAUCGGGUGCUCUUUCGCCAAAAACUGUUCCACAGUGUGGUAUAUACCACUUCUAUCACAUAUAAAUACUAUAUGUUCUAAUUUAAAAUAAUGGACUCUAUCAAAAUCGAUAAAAUCUAGUUCAAAUUAAUUAAAAUUUUUCAGCAUUUUGCUUUGGGGCUGUCUUUUUAUCCAAACACCAUUGUGUAGAUUUUCUUUUUUGGAUUACUUGAGCAGAGUCAUGUGUGUUUGUGUGUAUGUAGCUCCCAAAUAUUGAUGUAGUUAUUAUGUAUGCCCCCUGCCUUGAAGGCUCCUCACCCUGCCUGUGUGGUGGUGGUGGUCCAUAUAUGUAGUCCUCUUUUUAUUGAUUUUUUAUUAUUGAGUCCAUUAUUUUAAAUUAGAACAUAUCACAUGUAUAUGUGAUAGAAGAAGUUGGAUGUACCACACAUUGAAAUAGUUUUUGGCAAAAGAACACCUGAUGAUUGCCAUAUACAGCUGAAAGAUAGUUGCAUUGUGGAUUGCUGUACAGUUUGUGAAGAGUAUAUUAAUGCAACAGAAUGCUUAAAUACAUAUUCUGGGUUACUAGGUUUUUGGACUUUGUCCUUCGUCUGAUAUAUUAAAGAACACAAUGUUAUGGAAACAGAUCCAAUUUUCUAAACAUUUAGCUCCUUAGAAUACUAGACAGUGGACAAAAUCCAGACACUUAGAGAUUCCAAAUAGUAAUUC